CAAUCAUUACUCAAUACAACCAGGAGAACAGGACAACAUGAAAACUCUCGUGAUGAUCUGCUUGGCUGCGGUGCUCACCGCCGUCAUCGCAAGGGAUACGCGGUAUAUAAGAGAUACAGACCUUGUAGCCGCAGCUUCUCAUCACGGUGGCCAUUGGGAUAAAGGAGGUGGUAGCGAACACCACGGCCAUCAUCACGGCGAGCACGGCGGUCACGAUGAAAAAGGCUACAAAGGACACCACGAACACCACCAUGGUAGCAAAGGUCAUUCCCACCAUGAAGGACAUAAAGGGCACCACGGUGAACAUGGUGGACACAAGAAACACCAUCACCACGACGAAGGCUAUCAUGAUGAGCACCACCACGGAGAAAAGGGUGAAAAGGGCCACGGCUUUGAAGAGCACGGUCACUGGCACAAGGGACACGACACGAAGGGUCACCACGGCAUUCAUAAAAUAGAUGAGUUCAAGAAGGACAAGCACUUCCAUAACAAACAUGGUGAAUCCGGAUUCCAUGAGGGCUACGGCGGUCACCAUCAUGAAGGCGGAUAUAAGAAAGGAGGUCACUUCCAUAAGGGACACAAGCACGGCGGAUUCCAUGAACAUGAGCAUGGCAAGAAGGGCCACCACGAGGAAGGAGGUCACCAUCACGAAAACAAGGGCUUCCAUGGUGAAGGUGGUCACCACGAGCACCACCAUCACCACAAAGGUCAUGGCAGCAAAGGCGGACACGAAGACCACAAGGGCUGGGACUGGAAGGAAGGACACAAAUGAAUCUACUAGACUUAUGAUGAAUGAAGAUUUUUGUUAUUGUUGAUACUUUGUGAUACAUAUGAAUGAAUAAAUUAUUAGCAUUUUGCAUUUAC